GGGGGGGAGGGGGAGGGGGGGGGGGGGGGGGGGGGGGGCCCCCGCAGGCAGGGCGCCGGCAGUCGAUGGACCCCCUCCUCACAGGUGGUCGACAUCAUAGACACCACCACAGCGGGACACAUGCGGGUUGGUGCCCAAGUGCCCGGGGUUGGCGAUGUCCGACAGCCAGGGGGCCAGAUGCGGCUCGACGAAGGGCGGCAGCGCAUGGGCCGUCGGGUUGGGCAACGGGCACUGGAUGGUGCGCGGGUGCAAACCACACACCGGGCACAGCAUCCGGUGCAACUCGAUCAUGGCAUCCAGGGUGCCGGCCGGCGGGGUGCUGAAGGCCGUGUCAUAGCUCACCUCCGGCCGGAGGAAGAACAUCGGCGACUUGAGGCUGGUCUGCGGGGGCCGCGGGCCGUCCAGAUUGUUGGGCGGAACCAUUUGCAUGUAAAUCCCAUACCGGGGGUCUUCCUCAACCAGGAAAGAGUCGGCCAGGAUGACCGGCUUGGCCGGGGCCGUGCCCAAAGCCUCCGGCAGCGGGCUGGGCCAAUGGUUGAUCGGCUCCAGAUCCUGCACCCGGGAGAUGUAGUCCAGCGAGGUAUCCUGCACCUCCAACUCCGGCGGAGUGUAAUCCCCGGGAUAGGAGGACACCUGCGAGGAGGGAAGCGUCAAUGACCGAGUGGUCAGACCACGGACCUGCGGCAGGACAAAGUUCACCGAGUUCCACAAGUCGAUGGCCGUCUGGGCCGCAUGGCUGGACAGGAAGCGCAGGGCAAAGCGAUCCAACGCCCGGAGGAGAUCGGCCCGCGCCCACCGGCGCAAGUCCCGCUGGUAAUUGCACACCGAUUGCAUGCUCGGAGACAGGACCCGCUGCAGGACCACCCGAUGCGGGGGCAGGACCUUGACCGCGGCCUGGGCCGCCUGCACCAGCAGCGGCGGCAAUUGCUCCUGCUGAAUGCGCUGAAUGGUCUCCGGGGCCAAGUGCAUGGGGGGCACACGAGGAUGCGGCCAGCCCAACGGCCCACGGGCCUUGACCGCUGCCUGGCCGGCCUCCCGGACCAGGCUCAAAAUGUCCUCGGUCGGAUGCCAUUGCGGCCAAAGGGAGGAGGUGGCCGUGCGUGGGGACCCCGGGCCGAACAUGGUCCGGAAGGCCUCCAACGAAGAGUGGUCCCCGUGCAGGCCGAGGCGCGUGGCCACCAGGACCGACUCAUCCACGCGGAAGUUGGUCUCCCAGCUGCUGGCCGGAUCGUCGGCCGUCAGGGGAUAGAACCACUGCUCCCGGGCCGGCAUGUACCGGGACACCACCGGCGCCAAAAUCGGAUGGACCACGGGCAAAACCGCCGACAGGAUGGACUCCUGCAUCCAGACAUGCGCUCGGACAAUGCGGUUGCGCCGGUCCCAGGCCGCCGGGCAGACGGCCACCCCGCCGCGAGCCCAGCUCGUGAAGAAGGUCCCCGGCUGCCGGAGGAAGUUCCGCGACACAUAGGAAUCCGGCUUCUUGGUGGCCAUCCGGAAGGCCUCGGCCUCGAUGGUAUCCCACCCGGGAACCGGGUCAUGAGCCGCGCCACCACAUGACGGACACACCCCGCGUGCCACCAUGCCGAAAUACUCGUCCGAGGCCAUGGCCGUGUCGGCCACAUAUGCCACGCCCAGCUGCAAUAGCCGGGGACAGGGCUCAUGCGCCGGGUGCUCACCACAUGCCAGGCACAUGCCAUACCCGGGGCAGGGCGGCGGCGGGGUCGAGCUCGACGUGGCUCGCGGCAGGAGAUCCGGCUUCGAUCCGGCCAUGUAACCCCGGGCCGAGAAGAGCCACGACAUGACGUGCGUCACCCCGAGGCGAUCAGUCUCCCGGGUGUCGAUCAGCAACCGCCGACGAACUUCCUCCGGCGUGAGGGCCGUAUUGUGCAAGAAGACCAUGCCAUGGGAAAGCAGCAAAUCCGGACAGGGCAUGGCCGAGGAGUGCUGGCCACAGUGGGUGCAAAGCCCCUUGCCAGCCAGGCCGCUCUGGCGCCGGGCCGUCGAAGAGAGCGUUCGCUGCGUGAUAUUCGGCGAGGGGGAGUCCAGCAGGAGGAUGUUCUCGGCCAGACGCCGGUGCUCGAGGUCCGACCAGGUGGGAUGCAGAUCCCGGGCCCCGGAAUGGGCCAGGCCCAAAUCAUGGAUGCCCAGAAGCUGGUCCGUCAAUUUGGCAGCCGGUCCGGAAGACCCGGCAGGGGACUCUCUCCGGGACGAGGCACCAGAGGCCGGCGGCGGAGCACCUGCGCGUCCACCGGUGUCCGGCGUGGAGAGGGAAUCGGCCGGGGCCGCGGUCGCGGUGGCCAUCGUAGCCAUCAAGGCAUCGGAAGGCCCGAGCAGGCGCUCGGCCCAGGAGGCCAAAUUCCGCCCGGUGGGCGAUCGCUCAAAGGCCUCCCGCACAUAGGCCAUCAUGCUGGAGGGGAGGCGAUCGAAGCCGCUGCUGUAGAUGGAGUCGGCUCGAGCCUGCUCGGCGCCCUGGAGCACCGAAAUCAGCAGGAGCUUCUGGCCGGUCAUCUCGUGCGUCGAGAGGGUAGUGUGGUGGCCCAGGGUCUUGGCCACCGAGAGGGUCCCUCCGGCGUGCAUCCACGCUGGCGAGUCGACCGUCGGCAUGAUGGACCCCAAAGUCGGGCGCUGGUCCGAGGAAUCCGGCGUCAGGACCGCUGGCAGGCUGUUCCGGUAGCAAGACUGCGUGGCCGGGUGGAGGCCGCACUGAGGACAGGCAUUGACCAGCUCGCGCAGGGGGGCAUUCAGCCGAUGCUGCUCCAGGGCCUCCUCCAAUGCUGGCUGGCCGAACCAGGAGGACACCUUGCCCUCGCCGGCAGGCACAUGCUUCUCGGUCAGCAGCCGGCCGAUGGUGGUGAAGCUCGGCCGGACAUUGAACAGAUCGUCGCCCUUGCGGGAAAACCGGUAGAAGAUGUUUUCCUGAUCAAUGGCCUCGCGAUCCAGGAGCUCGGCUGCCGGGGCGGUGGGAGAGUCGACCAGGGCCUCGGCCUCGGCCGGGGUCAGCCCAGCCGGCGGAAUGAAAAGCGAUCCGUCCUGCCGGAGGAGGGACCGCCGGAGCUGCGCCACCGACAGAUGGGGCUCCACGAUCUGCUCCGGGGUCAGGGCCAGGAUGUAGGUGUCAUGCUCCUCGAUUUGCAGCCGGUGCAUCUCCGGCAUUUGGGUCUCCUCGGGGGAGAAAACCCCCUCGGUGCCAGGGGCCUCGGCCACCACGGAGAACCCCGGGACGCUGCUCGACACCGGGUACUCCUGGUAGUGGACAUCCCGCGGGGGGACAAACUGCGUUUCGUUGGACCGUAUCCAGUGGUCAUAGUGCCGAAUGUAGACGGACUCGUAGUCGUUUGAAGCGCGCCGGGAAGAAGAAGAGGAGGAGGAGGAG